GAAUUUGCAGUAGUCGAUGCCAAAAAUGAAAUGGAGCACCUCUGUGCACUGGAUAGGGGGAUAUGGCAUCGUGGCUGCCCACUGCGCAGUGCUCUGAUGAGAAGCCACCUGCACGCGCCGCGAACCACGCUCUCACGGUCGCGCUUUAGAAAUAAUCGAGAAACAUUUCAAGCAUUGACGUCUUCUGUCAUAAAUGUAAAGCAUGUGGAUAUCAGGGAUCUGUUUAAUGCUUGAUUCCAAAAUUAGCAUGUUGCAUUUUUAUUAUUUACUUGCGAUGUGAUCGUUCCCGAGUUUGAACAUGUAUGAGUUGACUGUCAUUAUUGUGUGGGUAUGUCAUAAACACGGAGUGCUGCUGCAUGGGAUGCACUGACAGAUGUGCGGUGGGGAUUUGGUUUUAAUAUAGCGUGGUGGGGUUUUGUUGGCGAACUGCGUGACACGGUUUCUGCUCGUUACAGCAUUCAGACAGACGACGGAACUGGUCCAUUUACCUCAGCAUUUCAUAACUUUGACAUGACUAAGCUCCUCGGGGCUCACCGUUUCCCAGCACGUUCCCUAUGACAAGUGGAUUUCAACCAAAGCUUAAAUACUGCAGCAUCAGGACGGCUUAUAUGUGAAGUGUGCAGCCACAGAUCUGGUUCAGGCAUCACACCUGAUUCGCAGCACACUCUGGCCUGAGUAAAAGGAGAUGAAAAACAACACUGCCAGUACCUCCUCCUGAAGAUAAACAGUGAGACGUCAAUGGUGUGAUAUCAGGUUUGACGGAGAAGCUGUCCUUCAACUCAAGCUCAGUGUCAAAAUGCAUCACGCAUCAAUGCAGCUAAAUCGGACAUGAAGGGAAUAUGAGGAAAUUAUGAAAAACCAUGACAACCGUACAGCUUUGACCUCCCAGAAACAGAUCCAUUUUUGCAUGCGUGCAAAAUAUUUUCACCACUUACAUUAACAAACUCACAGUAGAAUCCAGCCUUGCACACAUACUUGCCUUUGUUCCUUUUCCUUCAUUUUUAAACUCAUCUUCCAACAUGAAGAGCAUAUUGACUGCAUUCCCUCCUCCUUGUACCACUUUCCUCUUUUUCUCCUUUAUCUUGAUAUUACACCAGCCAGCAUUGGUCAGAGGCGACUGCUGGCUCAUCGAGGGGGAUAAGGGUUAUGUGUGGUUGGCCAUCUGCAGCCAGAACCAACCACCAUAUGAGACAAUCCCGCAGCACAUCAACAACACAGUACACGACUUGCGGCUUAAUGAGAACAAGAUCAAAGCAAUUUUCUUCACCUCCCUUAGUCGCUUUACAAACCUGACUGACCUCAACCUCACAAAGAAUGAAAUCUCCUACAUCGAAGACGGUGCAUUUGCAAGCCAAGCAAAUCUACAGGUGCUGCAACUUGGAUAUAACAAGCUAACCAACCUGACCGAAGGCAUGUUGCGAGGUCUUGGACGUAUGCAGUGUCUUUUCUUGCAGCAUAAUCUCAUAGAGGUCAUUGCCACUAAUGCAUUUUGGGAAUCUCCCAGUCUCAGCAACCUGGACCUGUCAUCCAACAAGCUAGCCCGCCUGGACCCAUCUACUUUCACUGUGCUUGGCAGACUGAUGGGAUGUGAGCUUGCCGGAAACCCCUUCCACUGCGGCUGUGAGCUCUACAGCUUCUUGGCCUGGUUGGAGGCCUUUAAUAAUGUCACACAUACCUACGAUCGACUUCAGUGUGAGACCCCGCGGGAGCUGUUUGGUUAUCCGUUGCUAAAUCCUGUUGGAGGACAUGGACGUAGUGCUCGUUACAUUCUUUCUUCAGUGUGCCGAGAUGGAGUGCUGAUCCCUGGAAUGACUUCUCUGCCACCCGAUCUUGAUUCCUCAGGUGUGGGACCCGACAUGUUUGACCAGUUUGGGCCAUACCACCAGCCAACAACUUCUUCCUCCUCUGACAAUGCAUUUAGCCCCAGCAUCAAACUGCAACAUGUUUCUCCUUCCUCUGCAUCUCUUCUAAUUCAGAUUCCAAAGCCAUACAGCAAAAUGUACAUCCUUGUGCAGUACAAUCAGAGCUUUGUGUCAGAUGUGACAAACUUAAAGAAUAAAAAGGAGAUGAUCACCCUUAAUAAACUUAAACCAAACACCAACUACACCUUUUGUGUGGCGUCUAUACGGAAUUCACAACGUUACAACCACACAUGUUUAUACUUUUCUACUCGAGAUCCUAACCCAGAUCACAUGAUGCCACCGCCCUCCACCACCACUCAUUAUAUCAUGACAAUUGUUGGCUGUCUCUUUGGAAUGCUCAUUGUUCUCGGUUUUGUCUACUACUGCUUGCGAAGACGCCGCAGACAGGAAGAGAAAGAGAAAGCCAUCUGUGUAAAGAAAACCAUUCUGGAAAUGCGUUAUGGACCAGAAGUUGCAGCUGCUGUUGCAAAUGAUCCCACAGCUGUUCAAAAACUCCAUGAGCAGAGCCACCAUCAGCAUCACCAUGGCAAACUACCCAUGUCCUCCUCUUCCAGCUCUGCCAUGCUUGGCCAUGGUUCUGCCAACACUAGCUCGUCACGCCUGUCCUCCAUCCCUCAAGUAGAAAAAAUGGCUACUGCCUUCUCUGAGGCCAUGGCCAAUAAGGGAAACUACAUGGAUAUUAGGACAUCUGGAGUAGGGGAUGAUAGGGGGAGAGAUGGAACUAUGAUGCAUGGUUUGCGGGAGGAAGACCUCAGGGAAGAUGAUGGAAGUGACUUUGGUGAUGAUUCUGAUGAUGAUGGCCGAGGAUCAGCAUCAGAAAUUUCAACCAUUGCCAUGGAAGUUGACAAGGUCAACCAGAUAAUUAACAACUGCAUUGAUGCUCUCAAGCUGGACUGCGUUGUAGCGUCUACCACUUCUGCCACAAGUGGUCCCACUUCUCCUCCACCCACAUCCACCUCGUCCUUGACCAGAGGACUGAUUCCCAUUUCCACUAGUGCCAAUGAUACAUGCCAAGUUCUACAUUCCCCCAAAAUCCCCCCUCCACCUCCACUUCCCUUUUCAGCUCCCCUCUCUGAGAGACCUGGGAUUACAGGGGGUGGGUUUGUGUCACCGCCAUACCGCCCUCCUCCCCCAGCCAAUGCAGUUAGACCUAUUCAAAGACAAAUGAGUGCAGAUGCAGCCGUAAUAGUCUCCGCUUCUAAGAGGCACUGCCGCCCAUCUAGUGGGAAGGGAGGUCGUGUUUACAGCCUGGAUGUUCCAGAGCCUCUCAGCCCAGACCCCUGCCAGUAUCCAGACAAGAACAGCCCUGUGGGGUGUGGCGAGCCCCUGGAAAGGCUCCCUUUAGUAGGCAGUGGUGGUGGCUGUGGCAUUGAUGGUGGCACUGUAGAUGGGAUGGCCCUACAGCAGCACCUGGAGGUGCACCCAGACUACCACUGUGCAGAGCAUCGUCACUCCGUCCCUGCUCUAUACUACGAGGGCACUCAUGACUCCCCAGCCCAAAGGGUGUCAUUUCUGAAGCCAUUGUCACGCACCAAAAGAGACGCUGCCUCUUACUCUCAACUCUCUCCCCGACACCAGAAUUACUCUGGCUACUCUUCUAGUCCAGAGUACUCAUCUGAGAGCACCUUGCGCAUCUGGGAGCGCUUUCGUCCCCAUAGAAAGGGUCCACGCGAAGAAUCCUGUUAUGUAACGGCUGGAAACGCACUGCGUAAAAAGGUCCAGUUUGCCAAGGGGGAGGACUUGCAUGACAUCCUUGACUACUGGAAGGGUGUGUCAGCACAGCAAAAGCUGUAAUCUGUGGAACUGCGUGGAUACACAUCGCAGGUCUCCUUCACUGCCUGAUAAACCGGUAGAGCAACUGCAGUGAGGAUUGUUGGGUUAUAGCUGCAGUGCGCAUGAUAGAGUUAUGCUUGUCAGGGUUUAAGGACAAGGUGUUUUAAACUAUUUUUGUACAGCAUGAGCCGUCGUCAAUGAGCCAGAAAGAGAGUAAGAGAGCCUGAUCCACAAAUUCUAAUACACUACAACACAUCAGAUCGCAAUCACAGAGAUGUUGACUGGAUGGUGGGUUAACAAUUGUGAUACUCAGUGAAAGGAUCUGGUGGCCAUAUAAGUUGUCGAUAAUAAUGAUUUGAUUUUACUUGGUAUCAUCUGUGUAUUUAUUAUUCAUAGCAAUUUGAACGAACCUUUGUAACCUGAUUCCUCAUUCAGCCUGAGAAAGAAUCUCUUUGUUAGUACUUCCACUCAAAUCACAGGGCACUACAUUCAUUUGUUCUCAAAUGUGCGAGUGCAUGCGUGUAAUUUUCGAGGGAAAAAAGAUGUGCUGGUUUUCUACAAACCUGUCAAAAGCAGUCUCCCCCUUCUAUUCCACAGGCUGUGUGCAGGGCAAACAAAUUUACAUUUCAAUAGCAAUCCUCAUGUGAAAAAUAAGGAGAGGGAAGAAAAAGUUAAUAAAAUAAAAUAAAACAGAAGAAACUCCCAGGGGAGCUUUGGAAUAGUCUGAAGCAUUUGGCAGCCACUUGCAGUGCUCUGCAGGAUGACAUAAAUACUGCAUGGGGCGAUUUUCAUUGAAAAUACCGUUACUGACCAUAGGUUCAGUGAAAAUGCAUAAGUCUGUUUUAGAGUUAACAAGUCCGGCUUUGUGCGUAUACUCUCUGUUCUUUUCUGAUGCAUUAUUAAUAGCAUUUCCUUAGCCGAGGUUACCUUAUCACCUGUAUCAUAGAAUGAGCACAAAGUGGAAGUUGGCAGCAGAGUUUUAUGUAUUCUGUUUCUCUGGCCCAGGGUCAGUUUGUUUAGUCCAUUAAUUUCCUUUCGUAAGGAAGGAAACAGCUGACAGCUUAGACAUCUAACAGGCGUGACUUUAAAACUGAUAUAUGAUUCUUGGUUAUUGUUUACUCUUAUUUAUUUUUAUUGGAAAAAUUUAAAUCCAAUAUUCUCACAUUAAGAAAAAUAAGCUGUUCUGAAUUAAUACAUAUUUUGGAUUCUCACAAGCAUUAAUAGGCCACACAUUUCAAGGUUCAUGUCCUUGAUGUUUUAUUAAAGAUCUUCGCCACAUAACACUUCAAGUCAAAUAUAGAUCUUUUAAGACUUUUAAUUUCAUGCGGUUGUUUGAUACAGUAUUAAUGGUGUGAUUCAUUGUAAAGAUGGCAAAUACUAUUCCCUCGAGCACCUCCUAUCAGGCAUUAUUUUAUUAAUGUUCAGUUAGAUUAAACUAACUAAUUAGCAGUUAACAAGGCUAUAUCUUUUAGUGAGCAGCGGUAAGCAGCCAAGACCUCCAAUUUGAUUAAAAGAGAUCACUCUCUCAGCAAACACAUUCAACCUACAGUUUCAUGGACCAAUAAACCAAAAAAUUAGAUUAGCGGCACUGUGGGAAAAUAUACAUGCGUUUACAAUGCUCUCUCAUAAGUAUGAAAUGACAGUUGAGGUAUCCAGCAGGCGAAUAAAAUAAAAUUAACGGUGUUUACUUUAUAAUGAAAUGUAAAUCUAAAAUCCCUCUUCACGUCCCUGCCAUAACUUUGACCUUAUUCCUCAGCACAUAUUUACAGCACUGUGUUAUGGGCAUGUUAGCUUGGGAAUUAGAGAAAGAUUUUUAGAAAAGACAUACCAUUUGGAAAUCUUUGGGUAAAUGGUUCUUAUAUAUGGGGUGAGCAUUAGAGAUUAGUAGAAGCCCUGUGUAUUCCACAUCAGGUAUUUUUGUGCCUUCAAUAAAAGGGUCCAUUAGUAAGAAUCAAUCACGAAAAAGACUUUAUUGUUCACAUUUUUUGUCCUGUUUUGUUUAUAUUCUGUAAAUCAGACCGUAUCUCUUAUUUAUAGAGGGAUUUUGUUGUAAAUAUGUGUUCAUGUUUCAUCAAUCUUAUCAUAUUUACAGUUUUUUAUUGCGAAUGCAUGAUCUAAACGAUACCUGCCAACAUCAGACAUGUGCUCAGGCAUUAUAUCUCUUUGUUCUCUCUUUCUGGAGUUUUCAGUUUUUAUUUUUUUUAGUCUGGAUGUUACGGGAACCUUGACGGUUCAUAUAUGAGGGACCAGUAGCAGCUAUAACAGCAGUGUGAAUUCUUAGUGCACUGUCAUUAAAGAGGACAUUACAUACAGAUCAUAUAGAUAGAACAGACUCCAAAUGGACAAACGUUUUCAGACAACUGAAAUGGACCCAUAAAGGACUGUUACCGGAGGCUUACUGUGACAAAAUCUUUACUUUGUGAACUUACUUCGCGACCACUCGAAUUGGUCUUAAGGAACUAAACAUGAACAGUCAAUCAAGAAAGACUUUUGUUUUUAUAACAGUACAAUCUAAUGCCCAGCUGGAUGUUUUUAGAUAUGGUUUUUAUUGUGCCUCCUCUCAUUGACAAAGAGUGAAAUGUAAAAUGAAAAGAAAAAGACUUCACGAUCCUGUACAAAUGCUUGUCGGCCAUUUUUGUUAUUAUCUGAAGGCUGUUUAACAAGAGAGAAUUAAUGAUACAAUGGGCAUGACACACGUUGGGGUUUUUCUGUUAUAUAUGAAUUGUUUAAGAAAAUGUAUAGUUCAUGUUUUUUUGUAGUUCUUUGCUGGAGGAGUAAGACUGUGACUCUUCUCUGUGUUUUCCUGCUUAAGGGCAAAAUUGAUUCAACAUCAAUGUUUUCCCAUUCAUUCAGGCUAAACAAACUAACUUAUUUAUUUCAAGUUAAGGUCUCUUUCCAUCAAGUCACAUCUUUAAUAUUAUCAGACCUUAAUGGCUCCCUGUAAUAUACUCAUCUGACUUCAUUUGUUUAUAAUCGAUUCAUUAUUUUAUUUAUUUGGCUUAUAAAUCUUUGCUUGACAAAUCAUUGAUUACUUAGCACAGACAAAUAAUGUUUGUUUAUUAAUUUGUUUACAACUAAAAAGUGUCAUUUUACAAGUA